CUCAAAGGUUUCCUCAUUUCCAGACUAUAUUUAUCUCUUAGAGGAAUGAUUUAUUUUUCAUCCAUCUUUCGCCCAUCUUUCACUGUUACAGUAAAUCUCGUCGUACCCCUCUCACCUUGCGCAAAAUAUUACGACAUUAUUAAAAUUCCCAUCAGACAAUUGCUAGCGCCGAAUUCAAUGCCAGUUUUCGUCUAACCCAAGCCGUCCCGCCUGUAACGCAGUGUACGGUGCGAUCUCGCCUAAAACCGGGCUUCAAAGGGCUAGGCUAGUAUUCCUUGACCGUUGACGUUAAUAACACCUCACAAGUCAAUAACAGCACUUGUAUCUUGGCGGUAUUCCACAGGCCGGCCCAUAGAACGCUUGCUUCUGCGGGGAUCGAAAACUCAGCGGAUUCGUCAUCCCGAACUCUUUUUCUCACUUUCUGACCCCGACGUUGUGCCUAUAUCUCUUGCCAUAUCCCUGAACGUAUUUUGUUGCAUAUCUAUCUCGAUAUAUCUCUACGGAGUACAUACAUCGGAUAUUGGAUUUCUGAUAAAUCAAGCGAACCCAAAACCCCUAUAGGCGGGAAAAAAAAAAAAAAAAAAAAAAAAAAAGGGACCUUGUCUUCAAACCCGCCUAUCAUGAACUGCCCGUCCCGAACCGAUCAAUGCCCCGACCAUCCAGACUGGAACCAAAGCCCACCAUUGUUGACAGCCGACCUGACUACAUGCGAGGACCUCAACGGUAUUGUCAAUUCCAGGGCAUACCGGAAUCGGGAUUCCCAUCUGUCCUGCGAUUCUGCUCAGACUUCGGAUGGUCUUCUUCAGAGACCGCCUGAGAAUUACCGUCCGCCUCUGGCCAGCAAGGGCGCAGAUGCAGGUUGUCAUUUUUUGAACAAAGAAGACACCUGCUCUGCCACCCGUGCUUGGCCUCCCGCAAUUGGGACAGACCAGCGAUCUUGCCAGCGUCGAGUUUGGAUCUGGCGAAUCGCGUUAUUUGUAUUGUUUGCAUAUAUAUCUUAUGCCGCUGGAGGCUCGUUGUUAGCUUAUGCAGCAACCUUAAAAUCAAACCUAUCCCACAAACUGCCCACGACCCGAUUACAACGGCGCGGAACCUGCUCCAACAAUCCGGCUUCCGACCGCGAAUACAACACCCCCCUCCAUGUCGGCGCCCUCAUGAUCAUCCUCUCCGUAUCCACCCUCGCCUGCUCAUUCCCCCUUGUGGCCGUCAAAUUCACCUUCCUCCGCAUCCCGGCCUGGUUCCUCUUUCUCGUCCGCCACUUCGGCACGGGAGUCCUGCUCGCAACGGCCUUUGUGCAUCUCUUGCCCACCGCCUUCGGCUCGCUAAAUGAUCCGUGUCUCCCUCGUUUCUGGACGGUAGAUUACCAGCCCAUGCCUGGUGCGAUUGCGCUGGCGGCCGUGUUAUCGGUGACGGUUGUGGAGAUGAUAUUUAGUCCUGGGAGGCAUUGUUGUAGUGAUAGGGGGAAUAGGAGUGUUUAUAUGAGAGGACAGGAGAAGAAGGGGCAUGAUUGUUGUGGUGGUAGUUGUGGUGGCGGUCAGGGUGGAAGCAGAGGCGGCGGAGAUGAUUUUGAGACAUCUAAGACACCCGACUCCGAUCGACUGAAGUCGCGGCCCAGUAUUACGACGGAUGCCUCACUGCGCCGCGAGCGGCCGCUUGUUGGCAAUUCGAGUAGUCUUGGUCGCGAGUUGGCGCAUAUUAACGCAGAUUUGGUGGAGAUGGAGCGGGUGCAGUCACCAGGUCGAGGACAAGGACCACGAGUAUCGGCGGCGGUGUCGGCAGCGGAGACCAAGGCCGAUGUUGAUGAACCCCAGUCGGAGAGCGAUGAUGAGCUUUCAUCGAUCAAGUUGACGCCGGAGCAGCAGCGUAAGAAGGCUGUGAUGCAGUGCAUGUUAUUGGAAAUGGGGAUUUUGUUCCAUAGUAUUUUUAUCGGGUUGGCGUUGGCGGUGUCCACGGGGAGUUCAUUUGUGGUUUUGUUGAUUGCUAUCGCUUUUCAUCAAACGUUCGAGGGCCUCGCUCUAGGCUCGCGCAUCGCAGUGAUAGACUGGAAGGAUAAAACUUACCAGCCAUGGAUUAUGGCCCUAUUAUAUGGCUGCACUACACCUCUCGGCCAAGCAAUCGGCCUAGGAACGCAUACCCUCUACGACCCAGACUCAGAAGUCGGCCUCAUAAUGGUCGGCGUCAUGAACGCUAUCUCAUCAGGUCUGCUUGUCUACUCCUCACUGGUUGAGUUGCUGGCUGAAGAUUUCUUGAGCGAUGAGAGCUGGCGCAUACUACGGGGUAAAAGGCGAAUUUAUGCUUGUUUGCUUGUGUUCUUUGGUGCGGCUGCCAUGAGUUUGGUAGGGGCUUGGGCUUGAUUAACAGCGCCUUGCUAAAAUAAAAGUCUGGAACUUUUUUCGCAGCUCAGUUUGGGGGGUUCACCUUAAGGAACUAGUUCGUCCUUUCGUUAAACGCUUUUACUUGUUGAUCUUUCCUUCCUACUAGAUAGUAUGAGAUGGCAUGAUUAAUUGCAGGCACUUUUCAGAUUUC